AUGAUUGCUUACGGAAUUCACCUCCUGUGUGCCUACUUGCGAUUUGUAGACAGUCGUGCAAAGAAACGGUACCUGUGCUUUCCGAUUGGUCUAGAGGUCGUUCGGCGCUGGCUGGCCGUCAGACGAGUCGAGCAGCUGCAUCCAGCUGUAUGCUUGCGAGUAGUCAGCUUGAACGUAAGAGCAGACCUGAAGGCUUUUCGGUGCUAA